CUGUGAGGAGCCAGGUACUAGUGGAGCAGCACCUAGAGAAGGUGACAGGGACCCUGUCAGCAAAGUACUCCAGAGACCAUGACCAAAAAAAGAGUUGCUGUGAUUGGGUCAGGAGCCAGUGGGCUCACUUGUAUCAAGUGCUGCCUGGAGGAAGGCUUGGAACCAGUCUGCUUCGAAAGGAGUGAUGACAUUGGAGGACUCUGGAGGUUCCAGGAAAAUCCCGAGGAAGGAAGGGCCAGCAUUUACAGAUCAGUGAUCAUCAACACCUCUAAGGAGAUGAUGUGCUUCAGUGACUACCCCAUCCCAGAUCAUUUUCCCAACUUCAUGCACAACUCCCAGGUCCUGGAGUAUUUCAGGAUGUAUGCCAAAGAAUUUGACCUUGUAAAGUAUAUCCAAUUCAAGACCACUGUGUGCAGUGUGAAAAAAAGGCCAGAUUUCUCUACUUCAGGCCAAUGGGAGGUAGUCACAGAGUGUAAAGGGAAAAAGCAGGUGGAUGUCUUCGAUGCAGUCAUGGUUUGCACUGGCCACCACACUGAUGCUCACCUACCCCUGGAAAGCUUUCCUGUCACAGCUCUGAGUCAGCCUCCUACAAUAAAUGAUGAACUGCCAAAUCGCAUAAUUUCUGGCAUGGUGAAGGUGAAAGGAAAUGUGAAGGCAUUCACAGAAACAGCUGCCAUAUUUGAAGAUGGCUCCAAAGAGGAGGACAUUGAUGCAGUCAUCUUUGCCACCGGCUAUAGCUUUGCCUUUCCUUUUCUUGAUGAUUCUGUCAAAGUGGUCAAAAACAAGGUGUCCCUCUAUAAAAAGGUCUUUCCCCCUAACCUGGAAAAGCCAACUCUUGCAAUCAUUGGCUUAAUUCAGCCCUUGGGAGCCAUUAUGCCUAUUUCAGAGAUCCAAGGGCGCUGGGCCACUCAAGUAUUUAAAG